GCGGAAGGUAACGCAGGAGUGCAGAUGUCGGGGAGUCCGCGCCAGACGCGAGACAGGAUGUCGUUUUAAUGGUUUUAAUGGUUUUAAUGGCUCCUUGAAGGAAACUUUCCAGUUCGGGUUUACCCCGUCACUCGUCGGGUCAGCGGCCAGGACAAAACUCUACCAUCAUGAUAAAAGAAUGCCUUCAGUUUUUAAUAGAACCAGCCAAGAACUUGAAAAUCCAUCUGAAGGAGCCUCGCAGGCGCACUCGAUGGGAGAGGCAGGAGCCACUGAGCGAGAGCCAGCUCUUCAUCAUGGAACUAGCCAGGGAGCUCACCUGGAUCUGUCAGAAGUCAGAUGUUCUGGUUCAUAUCUGGACUGGAGAAGAUAUUUGGCCACCAGCCAUGUGUCGUCAGUUCAUCAAGGAGACAGCCUCCAUACUGCAGCUGAUGGAGAACACAGAAGUUUCGUUGCUGACACUCACAGAUCUGCAUGUGAUGAACCAAGACUGUGGAGAGCGCUUAGUGUGUGUGACGGACGAUGAAGGGAAUGACCUCGGCGGGCCAAAGAGGUCCAUCAUGGACUGGAGCCGCAGGCAGAGGAGGAGACACCCGCACGGUGUCUGGCCGGGGGACUCUGUGCUGACGGUGCUGGGUGAUGUGGAGAUGGGGUGGAGAAAGGGCCACCUGCCCCACCUGCAGCCUGCCCUAGAGCUACUCAUUUGGGUGGCGCUGCUGACGCACCUGGACAAGGAGCUCAUUCCCAGACUGUGGCUUGCUCAGAAGCAGAGGAGCCAGAACAGCAAUGCUCUUCAGUACAUCCCACACACUGUGUGGAACUGGAUCUGUUGUGCAGCAGAGGAGGUGACCUUUGACCCAGACACGGCCCACUCAGCGCUGCUCGUGUCUGAUGAUGGGAAGCGGAUGCGCUGCUGUGUGGACUCCCGCCCCAUCCCGCUCAGCCGCUGCCGUUUCGAUGGCUGGAUGUGCGUCGUGGCCACAGAGGGCUUCACGGCUGGCCGGCACUACUGGGAGGUGGAGGUGGGAGAGCGAGACUGGCGUCUGGGCGUUGCCAAGGAGUCGGCGAGGCGAAACGGCUUCGGCUCGCUGGACUCGGGCAGCGGCUACCUCACCCUGCGGCUGGAGAGGGGCACGCGGCUGACGGCCCUCACCUUGCCCGUCACCAGGCUGGCGUGCUCACACCUGCCCCACCACGUAGGCCUGUACUUGGACUACGAGCAGGGCCAACUGUCCUUCUACGACACCCAGAGACGGGCGCACAUCUACACGUACUGCGGGACGUUCACAGAGAGGCUCUUCCCUGUGUUCGGAACAGCCGACAUCAUGAGGGACAUGGUGAUCAGACCUGCAGCGCUCAGGUGGUCCUGCCUGUGUGAUGGACCAUGCCUCUUCUGAUGAGAGAACACACACACACACACAC